GUUAAGCACCAAGGACAUGAGGAAAGUUUAGGUAGAGGUAGGGGUGGUCAUGGUCAUGGUGGACUCCUCCACUUCCAUUCUCACUCUCACUCUCCUAUAAAACCCCACCACCCUCUUGCUGCAUCCUUCCAACACAGACCAACUCAUCGAUCUCAUCUCAUCCUCGAUCACAGCAUCCAUCCAGCCAGAGCCAAGCAUCACCAAGAACGCGCUUUUGCACAAGACCGAUUCGAUCGAGCUCUAGCAAUGGCGCCAACGGCAACCAUGACCACCAAGAACGCGCUUGUGCUCCUCCUCCUGGCGCUCCUCCCUCUCAGCACCCUCUGCUCCCGCGCCGGCCCCUCCGCGCACCACAGCCACGGCCACGGCCACGGCCCCAAGCACUCGCCACCGCCGGCCACGGCCGCCGCGCUGGUGCGCGCCACCUGCAACUCCACGGCCUACUACGACCUCUGCGUGUCCGCGCUGGGCGCCGACCCCUCCAGCGCCACGGCCGACGUGCGGGGCCUCUCCUCCAUCGCCGUGUCGGCGGCCGCCGCCAACGCCUCGGGCGGCGCGGCCACGGCCACCGCGCUUGCCAACGGCACUGCCACGGCUCAGGCCGCCGACGCCACCGUGCAGGCGCUGCUCCGCACGUGCGCCGCCAAGUACGGCCUGGCCCGGGACGCGCUCUCGGCCGCCAGGGACUCCAUCGCGCAGCAGGACUACGACUACGCGUCGGUGCACGUGAGCGCGGCGGCGGAGUACCCGCAGGUGUGCAAGGCGCUGUUCCGGCGGCAGAGGCCCGGGGCGUACCCGGCGGAGCUGGCGGCGAGGGAGGACGCGCUCGGGAAGCUCUGCUCCGUCGCGCUCGACAUCAUCGCGCUCCUCUCCAACAGCAGCUAGCUGAUCCAUUUUAGUAUUCCCAUCCAUCCAACUCGGCUGCUCCAUGCAUGCAACUCACUCGAUUCGUUCAUGUCAUAUAUAUGAUUUUGCUAGCAUAUAUUUAUUAUGACGUUAAUACUCCGAUCCGCUUGUAUGUUAAUCUGUACGCACUCCGAUCCAAUGUUGAGUUGAUUAAGUUAAAUCGCUCUACUAUUAGUUGACUA